AUGGCCACUACCCACGGCGUCGUCCAGGGUUCUGACCCUUCGGAUCUCCCUCAACCUGCGCAGCCGAUCAACGGCGCCGCCUCCCCCGAUCCUCACUCGGUGGAAGAGCAGCUAUCGCGCGAAUUGGAUAUGACAAGUCUCUCUCCCUCGACACAAGCAGUUCACGCCGACGACCCGCUGAACCUGGUCGACGACGUCGCACCCCCCAUCCACGUCUCCACCACUUUCCGCUACUCUAAAGAUCCUUCCCAACUGCGGCCCUAUUAUGAAAGACCUGAACCCAUCUUCGCGCAGGGAGAACAUAUCUACUCGAGGCAUACCACGCACAGCACAUCGCGGCUGGAAAAGAUUCUAAGCGUGCUGUUAAAGGGCGAGUGCUUGACGUAUUCGUCUGGUCUAGCUUCCUUCAAUGCUUUGAUAACGUUUCUGGCUCCGAAGAGAGUGGCUAUCGGGGCGGGAUAUCAUGGCUGCCACGGCGUGUUGGAAUUGCACCAGCACCUGUCUGGGUUGAAGGUCUUGCCUCUGGACUGCAAACCAGAAGACCUCCAAAAGGGUGAUCUAAUUCACCUCGAGACACCCGUAAAUCCCACAGGGCUAGCAUUCAACAUCCAACACUAUGCAGACAUCGCGCACUCAAGAGGGGCUUAUCUAAGUGUCGAUGCCACCUUUGCGCCGCCACCCCUGCAGGAUCCAUUCAAGCAUGGCGCAGAUGUGGUGAUGCACUCAGGCACAAAGUAUAUCGGUGGCCAUUCAGAUAUGCUGUGCGGUGUGUUGGCGGUCAAGCAAAAGGAAUGGAUACCCAAGAUGCUCAAUGACCGGCUAUACCUGGGCGCUGUGAUGGGAGGUUUGGAAGGCUGGCUCGGGGUAAGGAGCGUUCGAACGCUGGAGCUGCGCGUCAUGAGACAAAGCGAGACUGCCGGAAGAAUAGUUGAUGCCCUCGAUGGCGCCUUGACAGGUCACACGGUUGGCACGGGGCUUUCACAAUCCGAUGCCGAAAUCAUCAAGUCGGUCGUCAAAGAAGUACUCCACGCCAGUCUCCAGACCCAGGACUACAAGACGUGGCUCAAGAAGCAGAUGCCCAAUGGGUACGGCCCUGUCUUCUCGAUCAUCUUCAAAUCGUCCGAGUUCGCAAGGACAUUGCCGAGCAAGCUGCAUCUCUUCCACCACGCGACAAGCUUGGGUGGAGUUGAGAGCUUGGUCGAAUGGAGAGCGAUGACAGAUUCGACCGUGGGAAGAGACCUUUGUAGAUUCAGUAUCGGCAUCGAAGACGAGAAGGACCUGCUUGAUGACCUUAUCCAGGGUUUCAAGGCACUGAACGAAGUCAAUGGGUCGUCAGGCUAG